UGAGCGCGCGCGAGAGAUGCCCGUCGCCAUUUUGUAUUAAAAAUCAAACUGAAUCACAGCUUUUUUUUUUUUUUUCUUUUCUUUUUUUAAAUCGACUUAAGAGUGGAAACGGACCAUCUGAAUUUAAUACAAGAGUCGCAAGAUGCUGUACUUGCUGUUGGAUUGAGAAUUUACACACACCAAGAAUCAGUAAGAAGGAAACUUGCCCAUAACACCAGAUAUAACAUCUUUUGUAAAAGAAAUUAACCUAUCUCUGAGGUGACUAAAGGGGAAUAAUGGUGAUUUUGCGCCGGGCUCGGCCGCCUGCUUCCGCCCCGACCAGCAAUGAAUCUUGAUUCGCUCUCGCUGGCCUUGUCUCAAAUCAGUUACCUGGUGGACAAUUUAACUAAGAAAAACUACAGAGCCAGCCAGCAGGAAAUACAGCAUAUUGUGAAUCGACACGGCCCCGAGGCAGACAGGCAUUUAUUACGCUGUCUAUUCUCGCAUGUGGAUUUUAGUGGCGAUGGUAAAAGCAGCGGCAAAGAUUUUCAUCAGACACAGUUUUUGAUCCAGGAGUGUGUGUCGCUUAUAACCAAGCCAAAUUUUAUCUCAACACUGUCCUACGCUAUUGACAAUCCAUUACACUAUCAGAAGAGUUUAAAACCUUCACCCCAUUUGUUUACUCAGCUGAGUAAAGUUCUCAAGUUAAGUAAGGUUCAAGAGGUUGUUUUUGGCCUUGCCUUGUUGAAUUCUUCCAGCUCAGAUCUGAAAGGGUUUGCUGCCCAGUUUGUGAAACAGAAGCUCCCCGAUCUUCUGCGUUCUUACGUGGACGCGGACGUUGGGGGUAACCAAGAAGGUGGCUUCCAGGAUAUUGCAAUAGAGGUCCUGCACCUGCUCCUCUCCCAUCUCCUCUUUGGGCAGAAGGGAGCCUCUGGGGUCGGACAGGAACAGAUUGAAGCUUUCAUCAAGACUCUGUGCAGAGAUUUUCCGCAGGAGCGCUGUCCUGUGGUGCUUGCACCACUGCUUUACCCUGAAAAACGGGACUUUCUGAUGGACAGGAUCCUGCCAGACUCUGGAGGGUUAGCUAAGACCAUGAUGGAGAGUUCUCUUGCAGACUUUAUGCAAGAAGUUGGCUACGGCUUUUGUGCAAGUCUUGAAGAAUGCCGCAAUAUAAUCAUGCAGUAUGGAGUUCGGGAGGUCACCGCAUCCCAGGUGGCCAGAGUCCUGGGCAUGAUGGCCCGCACUCACUCCGGAUUGUCGGAUGGCAUUCCCCUUCAGUCCAUCUCAGCUCCUGGCAGUGGGAUCUGGAGCGAUGGGAAGGAUAAGACUGAUGGAUCUCAGGCUCACACUUGGAAUGUGGAAGUUUUAAUUGAUGUUGUUAAAGAACUGAAUCCCAAUUUGAACUUCAAGGAAGUGACAUAUGAACUUGAUCAUCAUGGGUUCAUCAUUCGGGACAGCAAGGCACUGCAGAUAGUGGUGUAUGGUAUCCAAAGGGGACUGGGAAUGGAAGUGUUCCCUGUGGAUCUCAUUUACAGGCCUUGGAAACAUGCAGAGGGCCAGCUGUCUUUUGUUCAACAUUCCCUGAUGAACCCAGAUAUCUUCUGUUUUGCGGAUUACCCCUGUCACACUGUUGCUACUGAUAUUUUAAAAGCCCCACCGGAGGAUGAUAACCGGGAAAUAGCAACAUGGAAGAGUCUGGACCUAAUUGAAAGUCUGUUACGUCUGUCAGAGGUGGGGCAGUACGAGCAAGUGAAACAGCUCUUUAACUUCCCCAUCAAGCACUGUCCAGACAUGUUAGUUUUGGCCUUGCUACAGAUCAGUACCUCCUGGCACACACUGCGCCAUGAACUUAUCUCUACCCUCAUGCCAAUCUUCUUGGGAAACCAUCCCAACUCUGCCAUUAUUUUGCACUACGCUUGGCACGGACAGGGUCAGUCUCCCUCUAUCCGUCAGCUGAUCAUGCACUCUAUGGCAGAGUGGUAUAUGAGGGGAGAACAGUACGAUCAGGCCAAGCUCUCGCGCAUUCUGGAUGUGGCUCAGGACCUGAAGUCUCUAUCCAUGCUGCUAAAUGGUACUCCGUUCGCCUUUGUUAUUGACCUUGCUGCACUUGCAUCUCGCCGAGAAUACCUCAAACUUGACAAAUGGCUGACAGAUAAGAUACGGGAGCAUGGGGAACCCUUUAUCCAGGCCAGUGUGACAUUCUUAAAGCGACGGUGCCCUUCCAUCAUGGGAGGCCUGGCCCCAGAAAAGGAGCAGCCCAAAAGUGCACAGCUCCCUCCCGAAACACUGGCUACCAUGCUGGCCUGUAUGCAGUCCUGUGCAGGGAGUGUUUCCCAGGAACUGUCAGAAACAAUUCUGACUAUGGUAGCGAACUGUAGCAAUGUCAUGAACAAAGCCAGACAACCACCCCCAGGAGUCAUGCCAAAGGGACGUGCUCCUAGCACCAGCAGCUUAGAUGCCAUUUCCCCUGUACAGAUUGAUCCCUUGUCUGGGAUGGCGUCUCUGAAUAUAAGUGGCUCUGCUGUGUCCCACCCACAGAGCAUGCAGGGAUUUCCUACAAACCUGAGUUCUGCAUUCAGCAACCCCCAGUCACCAGCCAAGGCCUUUCCUGCUCUCACCAAUCCCAGCCAGACAACACCAUUCAGUGGCAUUGGAGGCCUUUCAUCUCAACUUCCAGGGUCUUUAGGAUCAAGCAGCUUGACAAGCAUGGGAAGUGGACUUGGAAUACCAACCGUAAACAGUGAUCCUUUUGGACAGAGAAAGAUGAGCACAUCUGGAUUGAACCCACCCACCUUCCAGCAGACUGACCUUUCUCAGGUGUGGCCUGAGGCAAACCAGCACUUUAGUAAAGAGAUUGAUGAUGAAGCCAACAGCUACUUUCAGCGUAUUUACAACCAUCCACCGCACCCCACCAUGUCAGUGGAUGAGGUUCUGGAGAUGCUGCAGAGAUUCAAGGACUCCAACAUUAAGCGGGAGCGUGAAGUGUUUAAUUGCAUGCUGAGGAACCUGUUUGAGGAGUAUCGUUUCUUCCCUCAGUAUCCCGACAAGGAACUGCACAUCACUGCCUGCCUCUUUGGUGGAAUCAUUGAGAAGGGACUGGUCACCUACAUGGCGCUGGGGCUGGCCCUGCGCUAUGUCCUUGAAGCCUUAAGGAAACCAUUUGGGUCCAAAAUGUAUUACUUUGGUAUCGCUGCCCUAGAUAGAUUUAAAAAUAGAUUGAAGGAUUAUCCCCAGUAUUGUCAGCACUUGGCGUCUAUUACUCACUUUCUACAGUUCCCUCAUCAUUUACAGGAGUAUAUUGAGUAUGGGCAACAGUCCCGAGACCCUCCAGUGAAGAUGCAGGGCUCGAUCACUACACCUGGCAGUCUUGCACUUGCACAGGCUCAGGCUCAGGCGCAAGUGCCCCCCAAGGCUCCUCUCCCUGGCCAGGUUAGCACCAUAGUAACAACAUCUACCACACCCACUGUUGCUAAAACCACUACCAUCACCCGCCCCACUGGAGUCAGCUUCAAGAAGGAUGUGCCUCCUUCCAUAAACACAACCAACAUUGACACGCUGCUUGUGGCCACAGACCAAACAGAGAGAAUAGUGGAGCCACCAGAAAAUGUUCAAGAGAAGAUUGCCUUUAUCUUUAACAAUCUUUCUCAGUCCAACAUGACACAAAAGGUAGAAGAACUGAAGGAGACAGUGAAAGAGGAGUUUAUGCCUUGGGUUUCGCAAUAUCUUGUGAUGAAGAGAGUCAGCAUUGAGCCCAACUUUCACAGCCUUUACUCCAACUUCCUGGAUACACUGAAAAACCAAGAUUUUGUCAAAAUGGUUCUAAGUGAAACCUACAGAAAUAUCAAGGUCCUACUGACUUCCGAUAAGGCUGCGGCUAACUUCUCUGAUAGAUCUCUCCUGAAGAACCUGGGCCACUGGCUGGGUAUCAUCACAUUGUCAAAAAACAAACCCAUCUUGUAUACAGAUUUGGAAAUAAAAUCUUUGCUGCUGGAAGCUUAUGUAAAGGGACAGCAAGAGCUUCUCUAUGUGGUCCCAUUUAUUGCCAAAGUGUUGGAAUCUAGCGUGAGGAGUAUGAUUUUCAGGCCUCAGAACCCAUGGACUAUGGCAAUCAUGAAUGUACUUGCAGAACUUCACCAGGAACAUGACUUGAAGUUGAACCUGAAGUUUGAGAUUGAAGUACUAUGCAAGAAUCUGUCCCUGGAUAUAAAUGACCUUAAGCCAGGAAACCUGCUGAAAGACAAAGACAAGUUGAAGGCCCUAGAUGAGCAGCUUUCCGCACCAAAGAAGGAAGCUAAACCACCUGAGGAAAUGCUACCCAUUGUCCCACCUGCUGCUCCGUCUACACCUGCCACAACAACUACGUGCACAGCCACAGGUCCACCAACUCCACAGUUUAGUUAUCAUGAUAUUAAUGUCUAUGCUCUGGCAGGGCUUGCCCCUCACAUCAAUUUCAACCAAAAUAUACCCUUGUUCCAGGCCCACCUGCAACUGAAGCAGUAUGUGCGUCAAGCUAUAGAGAGGGCAGUCCAGGAGCUUGUUCACCCUGUUGUGGAUCGCUCCAUCAAAAUUGCCAUGACCACCUGCGAGCAGAUUGUCAGGAAGGACUUUGCUCUGGAUUCUGAGGAGUCACGCAUGCGUGUUGCCGCACAUCAUAUGAUGCGUAACCUGACAGCAGGCAUGGCUAUGAUCACCUGUAGGGAACCUUUGCUCAUGAGCAUCGCUACUAAUCUAAAGAACAGCUUUGCUGCAGCUCUCAGGGCUCCAACCCAACAGCAGAGAGAAAUGAUGGAACAGGCAGCCGCACAGAUAGCCCAAGACAACUGUGAACUUGCUUGCUGCUUUAUACAGAAAACAGCAGUGGAAAAAGCUGGCCCAGAAAUGGAUAAGAGGCUGGCAACUGAAUUUGAGCUGCGGAAACAUGCCAGACAAGAGGGCCGUCGAUACUGCGAUCCUGUGGUACUGACCUAUCAAGCAGAGCGCAUGCCAGAACAAAUCAGACUUAAGGUCGGUGGCGUGGACCCUAAGCAGCUGGCUGUUUAUGAGGAGUUUGCACGCAAUGUUCCUGGUUUCCUUCCCAGCAAUGAUCUCUCACAGCCCACAGGUUUCCUGGCUCAACCAAUGAAGCAACCGGCCUGGGCAACAGAUGACGUGGCUCAAAUCUAUGACAAGUGCAUCGCUGAUCUGGAGCAGCACUUGCAUGCAAUCCCUCCUGCAUUGGCUAUGAAUCCCCAGACACAGGCCCUGCGUAGUUUGCUAGAUGCUGUGGUGGUGGCAAGGAAUUCACGCGAAACCAUUGCAGCAUUGGGCUUACUACAGAAGGCUGUGGAAGGAUUACUCGAUGCCACAAGUGGUGCUGAUGCAGACCUCCUGCUCCGAUACCGCGAGUGUCACCUGUUGGUUCUGAAAGCCCUGCAGGAUGGCCGUGCCUAUGGCUCUCAGUGGUGCAACAAGCAGAUCACCAGGUGCUUGAUUGAAUGUCGUGAUGAGUACAAAUACAAUGUUGAAGCUGUGGAGCUGCUGAUCAGAAAUCAUCUGGUUAAUAUGCAGCAGUAUGACCUACACCUAGCCCAGUCAAUGGAAAAUGGCCUUCAUUACAUGGCUGUGGCGUUCGCUAUGCAGUUGGUGAAGUUACUUCUGGUGGAUGAGAGGAGUGUGAGCCACAUCACUGAAGCUGACCUGUUCCACACCAUCGAGACACUCAUGAGAACCAGUGCCCACUCCAGAGCAAACGCUCCUGAGGGGCUGCCCCAGCUAAUGGAAGUGGUCCGAUCAAAUUAUGAAGCAAUGAUUGACCGUGCACACGGAGGGCCUAAUUUCAUGAUGCACUCUGGGAUCUCGCAGGCAUCGGAAUAUGAUGACCCUCCUGGCCUGAGGGAGAAGGCAGAGUACCUACUGAGAGAAUGGGUGAACCUCUACCACUCUGCAGCUGCCGGUCGAGACAGCACCAAGGCUUUCUCUGCCUUUGUGGGACAGAUGCACCAGCAGGGAAUCCUGAAGACUGACGAUCUGAUAACCCGUUUCUUCCGACUGUGCACGGAGAUGUGUGUGGAGAUCAGUUACCGCGCACAGGCAGAACAGCAGCACAACCCUGCUGCCAGUGCCGCCAUCAUCCGUGCCAAGUGCUACCAUAACCUGGAUGCCUUUGUUAGACUCAUUGCACUUCUAGUCAAACACUCUGGAGAGGCAACUAACACAGUGACAAAGAUCAACCUACUCAACAAGGUUCUGGGUAUUGUGGUCGGAGUCCUUAUUCAGGACCAUGAUGUCCGGCAGACUGAGUUUCAACAACUGCCCUAUCACAGAAUUUUCAUUAUGCUGCUGUUGGAGUUGAAUGCACCAGAGCAUGUGCUGGAAACCAUUAACUUCCAGACAUUGACUGCUUUCUGCAACACUUUCCAUAUCCUGCGGCCCACCAAAGCUCCUGGGUUUGUGUACGCCUGGCUGGAACUGAUCUCUCACCGUAUAUUUAUUGCUAGGAUGCUGGCACAUACACCCCAACAGAAGGGCUGGCCCAUGUAUGCUCAACUGCUGAUUGACCUGUUCAAGUACCUGGGUCCCUUCUUAAGGAAUGUUGAGCUCAACAAACCUAUGCAAAUUCUCUACAAGGGCACUCUGCGUGUUUUGCUGGUCCUCCUCCAUGACUUCCCAGAGUUCCUGUGUGAUUACCAUUAUGGCUUCUGUGAUGUUAUCCCACCCAACUGUAUCCAACUGCGGAACCUGAUUCUCAGUGCCUUUCCACGCAACAUGAGGCUGCCGGAUCCAUUUACUCCUAACCUGAAGGUGGACAUGUUGAGUGAAAUCAAUAUUGCUCCUCGUAUUCUCACUAAUUUUACUGGAGUGAUGCCACCUCAGUUUAAGAAGGAUUUGGACUCCUACCUGAAGACUCGUUCUCCUGUCACUUUCUUGUCUGAGCUUCGCAGCAACCUGCAGAUUACUCUAGAGGCAGGGAAUCGUUACAACAUUCAGCUUAUCAAUGCACUGGUGCUCUAUGUUGGAACCCAAGCGAUUGCUCACAUCCACAACAAGGGUAGUACGCCAUCCAUGAGCACCAUCACACACUCUGCUCAUAUGGACAUCUUCCAGAACCUGGCUGUGGACCUCGAUACAGAGGGCCGGUACCUGUUUCUGAAUGCAAUUGCCAAUCAGCUGCGCUACCCAAACAGCCACACUCACUACUUCAGCUGCACAAUGCUCUAUCUGUUUGCUGAGGCCAACACUGAGGCUAUACAGGAGCAGAUAACUAGGGUUCUACUGGAGAGGUUGAUUGUGAACAGGCCUCACCCGUGGGGUUUACUUAUCACUUUCAUAGAGUUGAUUAAAAACCCAGCCUUCAAGUUCUGGAACCAUGACUUUGUCCACUGUGCACCAGAGAUUGAAAAGUUGUUCCAGUCGGUGGCCCAGUGCUGCAUGGGGCAGAAGCAGGCACAGCAAGUGAUGGAAGGCACGAGUGCUAGUUAAACAAUCAGUCACUGCAGCCAGGAGAUAUAUGGGGGGAUCCUCUCUGUUUCCUCUUGACCUGACAGCAUUGGCUCUUCCAAACUGCCACAGCAGUCUGCAUGGGGACAGACCUAUGAUGUGUUAAGGAAGUCUUGCGGACUAUUUCAUUUUGGUUUGUGACUUUUGGCCAAAAACUUUCAAGAAAAAAGAAAAAAAAAUAGUAUUUAGAAGAUGAAGUGAAUAUAAUUUUGAACUUUAAUGUAAAUAAAAAGAGAGUGCAGUCUUUCAAAACUGGACUAAAACUGCAGUUUAAAAUUAAUUGAAGUCUGGUACCAGGUUCCAUUUCAAAAAAGGGCAGCUGCUGAUGCUAAAUUCUGUCUGGGAUACAAAUAGACUUCUCUCUCCCCCUGCCCCCACCACACACUUUUUUUUUUUUUUUAUACUGUCCCAGUCUCCAAUUUUGAAUUUUGUUUUCCCAUUUUCUUCAAAAUGGAAUAUCUAUUGUAUUUCUGCUACACUGAAGGAUUAAAAAAAUAUACUUUAAUUUGUGUUCAGAAAGACUUUAUAGGAGUGGGAAAGUAUAGCAGUCAACUGAAAGAUGUGUUGUUUUUUUUAUAUAUAAUAAACAUUUGUGAGAAAUUUAGUUAUUAAAUUAGAAAGGGGACAGGGAAAAGCAGGCAAAUUUUAUUCCUGAAACAAGGGGUUAUUCCAGACUUGGUGUGAGGUGAGGGGGAGGGUUGUGUAAUUUUAAACAUGGGAUUAGAGGUUCUCCCUGAUGCUUGUCAAAUUGCGGAAUACAGAAAUGCCACCUUGUUGGUAAAGAAUAUGUUAAGUUUGUAUAAAGAUCAAAAAACAAAGGACCAAUACAGCCCAUUUUGUAAGGAUUUUGAAUGUUUUGUAAAUGUAUUGGUCCCUGUGUUGUAUUUUGUAGUACUUUAUAAUUUUGCCUUUAGUUCUGUGAUUUAUUUCUUGUAUGUAUGCAUACUGUAGUUACGCAUUAAAAUUCAUGAGAUGCAGCACUGUGUUGCUGCUGGGUUUUUUUUGUUUAUGUACAUUUUAAACAUAUGAAUUGUUCAGUGUUGCAUAAUAAACCCCAAAGCAUUAUC